UUGCGUGUCGAUGGAAGCAGCUUCGUCACUCAGAUUAAAAUGAAGUUCUGCGACAUUGUGAUAAAUAUAUCGUUCGCAAAUCUGAAAAUCGCGAAGGUCCCAGCCUGGUUAGACCUCGACGAUGAUAUCGUAGUGAAGGACCUCGACUUGGACUGCGUGCGCUCGCUGAACAUGUAUCGCCUGACGGACGAGCUCCUGCAGCUCGUGCCCGACGUCAACAACUUUAGACUCACGUUACGCGUCAUCAUAUUAUGGGCAAAACGUCGCAGAAUUUACUCCAAGGCGCUCGGAUACUUGCACGACGUGUCGCUGGCCAUUCUAGUGGCCCACACGUGCCAGCAGUAUCCCAACGCGCUGCCAGCCAUACUGGUUCAUAAAUUUUUCCUCACCUUGAACCAGUGGAUGUGGCCGCUGCCAAUUCAGCUAAAGAACCAGCAAACUCUCGAGUCUGAUUUUUCCAUUUGGUUACCUGUGAAUGCAGCUGACUUGUAUCAUCCCAUGCCCAUCAUCACACCAGUAUACCCGGAGGACAAUGCAAACUCUAAUAUGUGCAUGGCCAACACAUCGGUCGUCAUGGAGGAAAUACGAAUUGGUCUGGCCACAACAGAUGACAUAAUGAGCUACCAAUGUGGAUGGGACAAGUUAUUUGAAGACACAAAAUUCUUCUCUCGCUACGAGCACUAUGUAGUAGUGCUGGCCUCCUCCACGACUCCCGACGACGAGCUGGAGUGGAGUGAGCUGGUGGAGUCUAAGAUAUCAGUCCUCGUAGAUUCUCUGGACCGGCAUCACCAGAUAGUCAUACCGCAUCUAAACCCGGAGUGCUACAGCUCUGUCUGCUCGGUACCAUUAAACAACAACGAACAGAGUCCAACGAACAAAUACUCUAUGUGGUUCGUUGGUCUAGUGUUUGAGAAGACAGCGCAACACGUAGAUGUAAAGUAUGAAACUGAGAAGUUCACGAGCGCCGUCCUCUCCCAGGCAGCGAACUCAAACAUACGCGGAGAAGGAAAGACGAUUGUGGUUCGAUUCACGCCCCGCGAAGAGCUGCACCACUACUUACCUGGCUCCCUGUUGCCACGCCGGCACGCCUCCUGCAAGCCGAGCGCUCGCUCCGCGGCCAGAGCGACCUUAAGGAGAGCCAAGCGACCUUCAGAGACCAGUGUCACUGCUCUGGUUCCUAGCAAAAGACAGAAAUACUAUACGCCAUAUGUAUUAGAAAUAUCUAGAACUAAAUCACACGAAUUUACGUGGUAGCGGUAGUCUAAACAUUUUCUCUUUUGUAUUGUAACCAGUUAAAAGACCCAGUGAAUGUAAGAAAUGUUAAUAUUAAGUGUAAAUAUGUAUAUAUUGUAUGAUUACUAAACUUGUUAUGUUAAAGAGACAUAAUGUGACAUGUAAUUGAA